AUGUCGACAAAGGAAACUGAAGGACUUCCUUUCGAUCAUGACCAUGAAAAAUAUCGAUGCUGUUGUUAUGGUAUGCACGUCAAGACAGGUUCCUAUAUAAUAGCGAUAAUCUCAGCAUUUUACGUAAUAAGUAAUUUGGUACUGAAAGCGGUCGGAUUAUCAGAUAUCGGUUGGAACUGGGAAUUGCUAUUUUUAGUCGUCGAUUCAGUCGCUAUAUUAUGCUUGCUAGGUGGAAUAUACUUCGAAAAAGCUGCAUUGUUACAACCUUUUGUUGUGCUCACUAUAUUGACGUUGUCCUUUUUGAUUCUUCUUUGUUUCUUUUUUUUCUCCGCAUGGCUUGAUUCAAAUUCCUAUGCUAGCGAAUAUAUCGAAAUGCAAAUUCGUGAUGGACUACAAGAAACGGCUGAAAUUUUGGCUGUUGAGCAACAAUAUGUUAUCCCACUCUUGGCUGCUAUUAUCACAUUUAGUUUGGCUAUUGCUGUAGUUAUUCAUAUUUGGUUCUUAUUCAUAAUUGUUCGAUGCGCUCAGUACUUUAGAGACUUGGAACCUGUAAAGUUGAAUUUAUCGAAAGGUUAUCGAGUGGAGACUUUAAGUAAUUCAAAUAUAUUCGAUCAUGUUUCCGUUCAUUGUUGA